CGCCGUGUUAAUAGGGCGCUUUGUGCAGAUUUUGAAAUAAACCCUAGACUGCUCUUCGCCGCUCAAUCUUCUUAUCUCAUCUUCAAUCCUCUCCAUUGUACCCAAAAGCAAAACUCACCACAAAAAUCGUUUAGCCAAACGCCAUACACAAUGGCCAAAAAGAAGACGACCCCGCAAGAUAAUCAACCCCAAAACCCCACUGAAGUGGUUAAGGAAAAUCAGGUGAAAGAAAACAAUCAUUCCAUUGCCAUGGAAGAAGCUUCUGAGAAACUUGAGAAUCUCAAGAACCUCAACAGUAUGCUUCUCAAGGAGACUAUUGAGAAACGGCAACAGGUGGAUUCGCUAGUGCAGGCAAAAGGAUGUCUGGAAUCGGAACUCAAAAGGUCUAACUCGGAGAAAAGCGAGUUGCAGACUGAGUUGACUCAGUUGAGUGAACAGGUUGUUCGGCUGGAGAUUGAGAAGAAAUUGGUGUCUGUGUUUGUUGCUGUGCAGAUUGGUUACCAUGCUGAGGUGAUUGAGAGUGAGAGGAAUGGGUUUCGUGAACAGAAUGACGUGGUUGAGAAGAAGCUGAAGAGUGUAGAGGUAGAAAUGCGUGAUGUUUUGAGAGAGAAGGGUGAGAUUGAGAAGCUGUUGACUGAAAAGGAGAGUGAGAUUGAAAACCUAAGGAAGCAAUUGAAUGCUGUUGCUGAUGAGGUUGCACACGAGAGGAAUGUUUUGGAGGGGAUUCGUAAGGAGAAGGAUGAAAUAAAAAUGAAGCUUGACGCCCAAAUAGAGGAAGCAGAUGGAUUGAGGGUGAGGUUGGUUGAAACUGAGAAGCGAGAGAAGGAGAUUGAAGGAGAAGUUGGGAAAUUAAGGGUUGAAUACGAUGCUCUCACUGAGAAAAUCAAGGACAGAGAAAGCAAGAUCCAAUCCAUGGUGAGAGAGAAGGAAUUGGUCGCAAAUAGCCUUUUGGGUUCAAAUAAAGUGAUUGAAGAACUAAGGGGGCAGAUUGAUGGGAUUGUUAGGGAAAAAGAAGGGAUUGAAGUGGAGAGAAAUGCGGAAAUGAAAAAGAAUGGUGAAUUGCAAAACACAGUAGCUGGUCUUGACGAUAUGGUGCUGAGUUUGCAAAAGGAAGAGGCAAAAUUGCGUGAAAAUUUGGCUGGGUUAGAGAAGAAGUGUUUGGAAGGCUUAAGAAAGGAAGAGGAGAUGGAGAAGAGGAUAAAUGAACUUGUGAAGGGAAACAAUGAGAAGGACAUCAGAGUUGAGAACUUGAUUGAAGAAAAGGCCUUGGUUGAGAAGGAACUAGACAAGGCAUUGAAGCAAUUAGACGUAGAGAAGAAGAAGGUUGAGCAAACGGUUACAGCAAAGAAUGAGAUGGAAGAGGCUAAAGUUGGAAGGGAGACUGAAAUUGUUGAACUGCAGAAACAAUUAGCUGAAUUCAAGAAUUCUAUAUCUGAAUUAGAGGUGUCUUGCAAUGGUCAAAACGAGAAGGUGAAGAAUUUGGAAUCUGAAGUUGGUAAGUAUAAGGCUGCCUUCGGGCGAGUUACCCUUGAGAAGGAUGAGAGGCAAAAGCGAUUUGUCGAUGAGGAACAGAAUGGCAUAAACAUGAAGAAACAGAUUGAAGAAAUGGAGGAUCACAUUCAAAAAAUUGUGAAGGAGGUUGAGCAAACCAAGGCUGAUUACCUCAAUGCUGUUAGAGAAAAGAAAGAGUUGGAAACUCAAUGUCAAGUGUUGAACAAGGAAAUUGCUUUUGCGCAAACCUCACUUGGCGAAACAGAGAAGAAAAUUAGUGAUAUGCAGUGCAAGGUUGAGUUGGCAAACAGCAAUUCUGAGGAAAUCUUGAAUGCUUUGAGGACUGCUGCAGGUUCAAUCCGCUCGGAUGGUGAAGGUGAAAGUGGCAGUGUGGUUGGUGAAAAACAAAUGAAUGGGGAAGAUGUCAAGCCUUAUGAAGCAGAGUUGGAGGCCAUAACAAAUGCAAUCAAGAGUAAAGAGAACAAAGUUGAGGAGAUGCAGAGGCAGGUUGAGUUUUUGCAGUUUUCAGUAGCUCAAGCACAAAACAAGAAGAAUUUCUGGACCAUGUUAUCUUCAGCAACAACACUUUUUGCUGCAAUUUCUCUUGCUUAUGUUGCUCGUGGCCAUUGAGUAAGGGAGUCCUUAGUAUUAUCCAAACUGGUCGCAUUUCUAGAGAGCUAUUUUAAAGUUAUUCUGCACUUACUGCUUGGAAAUAUAUGGCUUUAAGGUUAGUUAUCUUUAGAAUAAAUGUAGGUUAGUCUGAGCCAUCAGUUUACAAGGCCUUGCAUCUCACUUCUAUAAUGCUGGCUAGAAUAUGAUUUUACAUAAACAUUUACUAAACAAUUUUUGCGAGGUUCUUAAUAUUCUUAAUGCUUCAAUUCCUAGCUUCUCUUAUGCUUUUUAAAAUAAGAAUCAAAAAGGUUCCUGCCUCUGAAGAGAAGUUUUGAGUUAUAUAUAGAUUCGCUGCUGUCUCUCAGCACUUCCAAGCGGACAUUCACCUAUGAAAUUUUGUCUAGCUUCUAUUUUUCUUUAAUGAUGAUUGUGUAGUCCCCAUUUUCCGGAGGUGCUUUCUUAUGAUUCAUCAACUGUUACAGUGGUAAUUUCAAGGUAUGUCUCAGGAUUCAUACAACUGUUACAGUGCUAAUUUCGAGAUCUAUCUCAGGUUAUGUUUUAUCCAAGAGGUCAAUAACUUGGUCUUUCUCCUCACCUUAAUUUAGAGUCUUUUCCUCUAUAUGCAGUCAUGAAAGUCAUACAAUGCUUCAUAUGCAACCAAAAUGGUCUUAAAUUAUAAGCACUGACAUAGAAGGCAAGGUCAUAUGAUGCUUCAUGUGCUACUGUCUUUAAUAUUGUUAUUAAUCAAAUGCCUUUUCACCAGCUAUUAUUAGGAUGUUUUUGAGUACAAUAAUCAGGUACUGUCUAUGAAACAGAAUGCUUCUCAAAAUCACCAAAUAAAUAGUGCUAAGUAGACACUGGUUAUUUUUUUUCUUCAUUAACUAGAAACAUUGCAGGACCAAUGACCUUUGAACAACAACUGUGCCUUUGUUGUGAAAAUCAGUGGGGCCUUUUGCUACUAGCUCAAUGUAUGAAUUGUGUGUAUGACAAUGAGUUGGAAGGCAAAUCCAUGUGAUACUUUAGGUGCUAUUGUCUUUAGCUGGUGGUCCACAGACCUAUCCAGUGCACAUCAAUUGGAUUCUACAUCUUGUUGUUCGCCUAUAUAAACACUUACAGAGAAGGAUUUACCGUAACAACUCUUAGCAAAACUUGAAACAUAUACGGCUUUUCUCUGCUUUCAAGGUCCAUACUAAUUCUUCCCUUAUUUUCUAUCUAGAUUGAACGUAACAACCAUGGCUAUCUGCAUGCCUCGUAUUAUCAAGAAGUCUUCUACAGGUGGAGAUGUUCCCAAGGGCCAUUUUGUUGUAUAUAUUGGGGAAGAAGAGAUUUGUAAUCCCUAUAUCAUUUUGAGCCAACCUUUAUUUCAAGACUUGCUUAGUCAAGCUGAGGAAGAAUUUGGCUUUGAUCAUCUAAUGGGCGGUGUCACAAUUCCCUGCAGUGAGGAUUUUUUUUGUUGAUCUCACAUCUCGCUGACUAGGAAACCAGUCCCUUUUUUUUUCUUACACAAUUUUGUAAAGCUGUAAAGCAGGAUCACAGUGUACAGUUCAAUAUUUAGAGGAAACACUAGUUAGGCUAAUGAGUUUAGCACAUAAAGAAUGGAUGUCACUCUGGACACAUUUUUCUACUUCAAAAGAAAUUGCAGUGAUAUACCUCUUUACUUCUAUGGUUUUAUUCUA